CAAUAUUUGAAGUCGUACUCCAUGACAGUUGAUGCAAGGCAAGCGCUGUUAUUGACGCUGUGAUCCAUGUUUCAUGCACAGAGGUUUCAUGCAGCGUGAUCUCCUAAUUAUUUGACUUCAAGGCUAGUACAGCGUUCGGAUCAAGAUGCCCAUUCCUGCCGCGCUCUUAGCAAGGUUGAAGAAACGCGGUAUCGUCAAGUCAGAUGUUUCUGAGCCAGAACAACCCGAAGAAGAAGUUAUAGCUGAAGACUACGACGAUAAACCGCAAGAAAACUCGGGCCAGAACAGAUCAGGGCCAUGUCCUGGAUGUCCAAACAAAUGGAACAUCUACCACGAAUGUACAGCGUACUGCUACGAUACCUGGAAGCAGGGAAAGGUCCAAGAGUCGCCCAACACGAAAAGGAAGCGUCUUAAGAUGCUCGUAAAAUAUCCUCUGCCAGAUAACUGGGCCGAAAUCUAUGAUCCGGGAACUGGCCGACAUUAUUACUGGAAACACGGCAGCGAUGAUGUAUCAUGGUUACCACCGCUGCAUCCAAGAUCUAAAGUAUCGGCUCCUGCUGACAAACUUCGAGAGUUAAUCAAAGACACGGAUGACGGUAUUGACAUGGAUAGCGGUUCGGAUGAUGACAUGGAUGCAGAUGAAGCUGAAGUGCACACCUCGUCAGAACGUUCCAGAUCCGACUCUCACUAUCGACAGAGUUACCGUGGAAGGGAAGACAACUACAGGGCCAGAGAAACGGGAAGAAGGGUGAGCAAAAAGAAUGACCUAGACCCAAUGGACCCGUCAUCCUACUCAGAUGUUCCACGUGGAACGUGGUCUACUGGACUGGAGAAAAGCAACGAAGCCAAGACUGGAGCCGACACCACUGCAAGUGGCCCCCUCUAUCAGAUGCGACCCUACCCAAGUCCUGGGGCUGUGCUGCGCAUGAAUGCUCAGCAGAAACCGUCAAAGAAGAAGGAUGAUUCUGACAGCGACUAGAAAUUUUAAUAAAAUCCGGAGAAUUGAAACA